AUGGCCAACGUGUUGCUCCCGUCUUGGAUGUGCAUGGGGCCGAGACACAACAACAGUUCGUACUCGAAAUCUAUCGACCCGAGCACGAGUUUGACGUUUGUGAGUUACAACAUUCUCGCGGACGCUUUGAGUGGGAACGAGGCUGGGUUUUCCUCGGAGAACGAGGACUUGGUGUUCGAGAACAGAGCAGGGAAAAUAUUGAAGAAGAUUUUCCCGAGAGAAGACAAAGAAGACAAAGAAGACAACAACAACAACAACAACAACGAGAAUGAUUCGACGUCCAAUCCAGACGUGAUUUGCGUCCAAGAGUGCGACCAUUAUUACGAUUUUUUCGAACCGGAGAUGCAAAAGAGAGGGUAUUUUGGCAUCUAUCGCGAAGAUAAGUGGUCGCCGUGCCAAAAGUUUUCCAACGAGUUGAAAGAUGGUCUGGCUAUAUUUUGUAAGCGGGAAACGGUGGAGUUGGUCGGGAUGCACGUCUCGACGACGGCGGAAACGAAGGAGCAAGACGCCAAAGUGUUGUUCGCGCGGUUGAUCAUGAAGAAGUCAUUGACGAGACAAGAAGUGGUGGUGAUCAACGCGCACUUGGAGAGCGGGCAGUCGCCGGAUAAAGUGGUAACCAGAGUAAAUCAAGCGAAGGAGAUGUGCUCGAGAUUGAACGCGUUUUGCGUGGCGCAAUGUUCGAACAUCAACACCGUGCAGAUUGUGGUGUGCGGCGAUUUUAACGCCACGCCGGAGGAGCCGUGCAUGGAGCACUUGAGAGGGAGAGGUUUAAAAUCCGCGUACGAGGAUUUAGAAACGAGCAAUAGCAGUAAGAAUGGAGAACAAGAACAACAACAAUUAGAAGGAGAGGAGCCGUUUUUUACGACGUUUAAAACCAGACUCGGUUUCUUCAAGAACGGAACGAGUAAACGAGUGUCGGAUUAUAUCAUGUACUCCGCGCACAGAGGCGCAAAGAUUGUUUCUAGAGUAGAGCCGCAACAAAGCGGGUUUGGAGAAGGGGUCGUGGGGUUACCGUCGAAAACGCAACCGAGCGAUCACUUGUGCUUGAGAUCGCGAGUGAGUUUUGAACAUCCCAUCGUCGCGACGCCGACUUCGAACGGUGGCGCUCAGGCGAAGUAA